UUCUUGCUAGCUUGCUGCUGGUGUAGAGCCUAGCUAGGGGAGAGAAACCGUUGGAGAAUGUAGAAUACGUUUGACAAAAAACAAGUAAAGUUUAGGAUUGAUAAACAUCUGGCAACGUUGCAGAAAUAAACUGAACAGGUAUCACCAGCAACUUGGCAACAUCUCUUCUCUCCCCUGGCUCUCAAGUGUUUAGUGAUACUGGCCAAUUGAUCAUAUCUUAAAGACACCCAGUGCCUCUACCUGAUAGAUCAUUUCUUAUCGUUGCAUUUGCUGAAAACUAACACCAGCAGGACAGAAAAAACACAAGUUAGGACAUUUUUCAAGCAAAGUCAAAUACACCGCAGCUACCUGUUAAUACUGUAUUACGUCCAACCUUAUCCAAGCUAAACCUCAAACUCUUCAUUCAUCAGCAUUAAUCAGUUUUCUCAUCAGGUCUGGCUAUAUUAGAAAGUUAUAACACUACUUUGCACCAUUAUGGCCUCCAUUACCCAGUCAUCUGAGCCUGAGAUCCCAGACAACCACAAAGAAAGCUGGCUGGCACUUCUUUCUGCUGCAGAAACAUAUUGCCAAAAGUCUGGCUGCGACCUGGCCAUACUUACAGCGUGUAAGAAGUUCCGGUCAUUGGGUGGAGGUGAAGAUGGGAUGAGGAAACGGGAAAGCAGCAGUGCCUUUCCUAAGGAGUGUGAUUUCUCCUACAAUGUAUGGGGUCAAGGGUUUCUUGCGGAGUCGGCUCGGCGCUACAUGGAUGACAUUGGUGUGCUGCACUCCACCACCAUGCUAACAGCCCAAAAGCACACACGCCAAGCGGGGGGAGAGAGAGGAACCAAACUGGUGGUUGACCUGACCUCUGACCUCGGACACAGAGGGGUGAAACUUUCAGUCCCUGUGUUUGUUUAUCAGGUGGGCUGUGCUGACCUGGAGCACAUUGCUGCCAGUAUGAAGGCCCUGCUGGCCCCUGGAGCCAAUGAUGGGACAGAAAUGUUCGGAGCCCUGCCUCGGCCCCGUCUCAAUACAGGGGACUUCUCCCUCAAGCACUAAGAGAGAGUGAGGCCAGUGGAGAGAAAGAGAUAGAGGGGGAGAGAGAUAGAGAUAAAGGUUGUCAUGACGGCCGGAGUUGGGUUGGCUGGCAGAUGUGACGUGCAGUAUGUGAAACAAUGUAAAAGCUAUUACCUCCAUUUAUUUCUCACUAACCAAAUUUGAACUGCACAUGCUUUGGGGAAAAUGUUGUUAUGAACACUAACAUUUAAACAUUUCAACACUAUACCCCCACCAACCCCGUCACUACAUGUCACAACACCAGCAACUACACAACCCUCAACACUACAUUAAACACUAAAACGAUGUGUGUAGGAGUCCAACUGGCACGGCCAAUUGGUAACUGUUCAGCAUUUAGUGUGCAAGGCUUGGUAGUGUGUCCUGUGGUAAAAUUACCUGCGAAGUGAAGAGAGUUUGGAGAGCAGCAUCAGGCUGGUGCAACAUUCACGGCUCCAGUACUACAUGCUAACGCCCUAACAGAAACCAUUUUGAGCUAUAGCCCCAAUAUUAUAAUGUGUAAUAGUUCUAAAGCUCAGUUUCUCAGUUUCCUUAAAAAAGGAUUGUUUGAAAUUGGGUUUAAAGUGCUUAUCCAUGCUCAGUGUACAACCAACUACUACCAGUUUACAAAAACAAAGAGUACCAGCAGCGGAGCGUAGUUAAGCUACCUAAACGGAAGGCCCAUCAACAUUUAAUUUUGUUUGAUAUCUGUUUAUGUAUUAUUAGGUGUACACUAUAGCUAAUAACUUAAAAAAAUACUGUACUCUUCAAAACCACCAGACUUAUUGAAAUAUUUGUACUGGUGCAACAGGAGAAUAUUUCUUUACUUCAGGACUGGUACUUCUAUCAGUUUCUCCUAACUAUCCCUUUAAACAAUUAAUGGCUAAGAGAGGGAGUCAGUUACUUUUCUGAAACAUGAUAUAAAAUCUGUUUACAGGAACAGUUGAACAUCUUUUAUUUCACUCUCUUAUGUCUAUGCAAGAAGUUUGGAGCAAGACUCGCGAGAUGGUUACCAAGUUAACAUCCUGUAACUAUAACUGUCUCCCAGCCUAGCCCUAGCUCAUGGCCCUCUGCAUUUAGCCCAACAUAUACUGGAUUUUAGCAUGAAGGACCAGAGCCAGUGAUCUCCCAGACCCCAUGGAUGUUUUCAGGCACACAUAUGGAAAAAAGGUUGUCUUUUCAAAAUGUGAGGACACCAGUUCCUCCAAAUAACUGGCCUAUUUGAAAUUUUUCUUUUGCCAAUGAAUGACUGACUGAUAGUAUGAUUGUAAAGCAAUACUGAGUUAUAGGUUGUUGUUUUUUCUGCUCCAGAUAUCUUGUUGAAAUGACCGAGUGAAUGAAAAAGUGACUGUAUGAGAAAGAGAGAGCUGAAUGAGUGGAUUUGAAAGGAAAAUGUCCGUCUUUGACAUUUCAAAAACAAACAAAUGUUCCGUUAAGUACGUUAAGUUUCAAAUAAAGGAGCAACACAGAGAAAA